AUGCGACAAAUAGUGCUCCUAGGACCGUGGUGUGUCCACUCAUUUGAGUGUUUGGCUGAAGUAGCGCUCUAUGCCCCUAAUGAUCUUAAGGGCCAAAAGUUUCAUGGCGAUAGUGGCGGUGGUCUAAUGUCACAACUGGACGAUGGUCGUUGGGUACUACUUGGUAUUAAUUCAUCUUCUAGCAGCUUGUGCCGGGAGCUGCUCACAAGAAAAGCACUCCCCACCGCGCAAGGCCAUACGAAUGUUGCAUUUUACGCAGCCGAUAUUGCUCGCUUUACUGACUUCUUCUUACCAUUGAUGCAAGUCUGA